AUGAAGAGUACUCUUGUAAUAUUUUUAGUGUUCAUCAUCUACUUCAUCUUUCCUGUUAAUGCCUUCCUUCCAAGCAUUCUUGGCAACAACUUGAUCGAGAAAACCUGCAAGCAGACACCCUAUUACGAUCUUUGUGUAAGAUCUUUAAUAUCAAGUCCUCGCAGUUUCAAUACAGAUGUUGAAGGCCUUGCCAAGAUAAUGGUUCACACCAUUAACGCUAGGGCAACCCACACACUACGUCGUAUUAACAAGCUGCUUCAACAUAGACAGGACACAAAUAUGAAACGAGCCUUGCAAUCUUGUGCCAGUCGCUACGAUGCCAUAAUAAAGGAGGAUAUUCCAGAAUCUCUACAAGCUUUGCGUUUGGGUAACUACAAAUUUGCAGAAGCAGGCACAAUGGAUGCUGCUUUGGAGGCCAGGUUAUGUGAAAAAGAAUUCAGGAGAUGCAAAUCGCCCCUGGCUGAUAUGAAUAGGGUUGUACAUGACGUCUCCAUCGUGGCUGCAUCCAUUGUUCAGACAAUCGUAUAAGCGACUGAUAUCAUUUUAAUUUUUGUUUAGCCAA